UAUGUAAAUAGAUAUAUUAAAAAAAAAACCCAACCUCAAGCUCAUGCACCACCAUGGUUUUCCAAACUAGGUUCCCUUCUUGGAUUAUGUUCUGUUGCAUCGGGCUGCUUCGCUUUGCACACACGGGGGAGGCACAGGCUGCGAAAGAAGUAAUAUUGCUGGAUUCUAAAGCACAACAGACAGAGUUGGAAUGGAUUUCUUCUCCUCCCAAUGGGUGGGAAGAAAUUAGUGGACUGGAUGAAAAUUACACGCCUAUACGAACAUACCAGGUAUGCCAAGUCAUGGAACCUAACCAAAAUAACUGGCUUCGGACUAACUGGAUUGCAAAAGGCAAUGCACAAAGGAUUUUUGUAGAACUGAAAUUUACUCUAAGGGAUUGUAACAGCCUUCCUGGAGUCCUGGGCACAUGUAAAGAAACUUUCAACUUGCAUUAUUAUGAAACAGACUAUGACACUGGCAGAAGUAUCAGAGAAAACCAGUAUGUAAAAAUAGAUACUAUUGCAGCUGAUGAAAGCUUUACCCAGGGUGACCUUGGGGAGAGAAAAAUGAAACUUAACACAGAGGUGAGAGAGAUUGGACCUCUGUCCAAAAAAGGAUUCUACCUGGCAUUCCAGGAUGUAGGUGCCUGCAUUGCUUUGGUUUCUGUCAAAGUAUAUUACAAGAAGUGCUGGUCUAUUAUUGAGAACUUAGCUAUUUUUCCAGAUACAGUGACUGGCUCAGAGUUCUCUUCCCUAGUUGAAGUUCGAGGAACUUGUGUCAGCAGCGCAGAAGAGGAGGCUGAGAACUCUCCUAGAAUGCACUGUAGUGCAGAGGGAGAGUGGUUAGUACCUAUUGGAAAGUGUAUCUGCAAAGCUGGUUUCCAGCAAAAAGGGGACACAUGUGAACCCUGUGGCCGUGGAUUCUACAAGUCAUCUUCGCAAGAUCUGCAGUGCUCACGCUGCCCUAUGCACAGUUUCUCAGACAGGGAAGGAUCUUCACGAUGUGAUUGUGAAGACAGCUAUUACAGAGCACCUACUGAUCCUCCAUAUGUCGCAUGCACAAGGCCUCCAUCCGCACCGCAGAACCUUAUUUUUAAUAUUAAUCAAACUACUGUAAGCUUGGAGUGGAGCCCUCCUGCUGAUAAUGGAGGAAGAAAUGAUGUGACAUACAGGGUAUUAUGCAAGAGGUGCAGCUGGGAGCAGGGCGAAUGUGUUCCCUGUGGGAGCAAUGUUGGAUAUAUGCCCCAACAAACUGGAUUAGCAGACAACUAUGUCACUGUUCUGGACCUGCUAGCUCAUGCUAACUACACAUUUGAAGUAGAAGCUGUCAAUGGUGUUUCCGACUUAAGCCGUUCCCAGAGGCUUUUUGCAGCGGUUACUGUUACCACCGGUCAAGCAGCUCCCUCGCAAGUUAGCGGCGUAAUGAAAGAGAAAGUGUUGCAAAGGAGUGUGGAGCUUUCUUGGCAGGAACCGGAACAUCCCAAUGGAGUCAUCACAGAAUAUGAAAUCAAGUAUUAUGAGAAAGACCAAAGGGAGAGGACCUAUUCAACAGUGAAAACCAGGUCCACCUCUGCAUCCAUUAAUAAUCUGAAACCAGGAACCGUAUAUGUUUUCCAAAUUCGUGCAUUCACUGCUGCUGGCUAUGGAAGUUAUAGCCCUAGACUAGAUGUUGCUACACUAGAGGAAGCCACAGCCACUGCUGUCUCCAGUGAACAAAAUCCUGUUAUCAUCAUAGCUGUAGUAGCUGUAGCAGGCACCAUCAUUCUGGUGUUCAUGGUUUUCGGCUUCAUCAUUGGACGGAGGCACUGUGGCUAUAGCAAAGCUGAUCAAGAAGGAGAUGAAGAACUAUACUUUCAUUUUAAAUUUCCAGGCACCAAAACCUACAUUGACCCUGAAACCUACGAGGAUCCAAAUAGAGCUGUCCAUCAAUUCGCCAAGGAGUUAGAUGCCUCCUGUAUUAAAAUAGAGCGUGUGAUUGGUGCAGGAGAAUUCGGAGAAGUCUGCAGUGGGCGUCUAAAGCUCCCAGGCAAGAGAGAUGUUGCAGUAGCCAUUAAAACGCUGAAAGUGGGAUACACUGAAAAGCAGAGAAGGGAUUUUCUGUGUGAAGCCAGCAUCAUGGGACAGUUUGACCAUCCCAAUGUUGUGCAUUUAGAAGGGGUUGUUACUAGAGGGAAACCAGUAAUGAUUGUAAUAGAAUACAUGGAGAAUGGAGCCCUCGAUGCAUUUCUCAGGAAACAUGAUGGGCAAUUUACAGUUAUUCAGCUAGUAGGCAUGUUGAGAGGGAUUGCUGCUGGAAUGAGAUACUUGGCUGACAUGGGAUACGUACACAGAGACUUAGCAGCACGCAACAUUUUGGUUAACAGUAACCUUGUCUGCAAAGUUUCAGACUUCGGCCUGUCCAGAGUCAUAGAAGAUGACCCAGAAGCUGUCUACACCACAACAGGUGGCAAAAUACCAGUAAGAUGGACAGCACCAGAAGCCAUACAGUAUCGCAAGUUUACAUCAGCCAGUGAUGUAUGGAGUUACGGAAUAGUUAUGUGGGAAGUAAUGUCUUAUGGAGAGAGGCCGUACUGGGACAUGUCAAAUCAAGAUGUUAUAAAAGCAAUAGAAGAAGGGUAUCGCCUGCCAGCACCCAUGGACUGCCCCGCAGGCCUUCACCAGCUGAUGCUAGACUGCUGGCAGAAAGACCGUGCAGAAAGGCCAAAGUUUGAACAGAUAGUGGGCAUUCUGGAUAAAAUGAUUCGGAACCCCAACAGCUUGAAAACUCCUUUGGGAACCUGCAGCAGACCAAUCAGCCCUCUUCUGGACCAGAACACCCCUGACUUCACUACAUUUUGCUCUGUAGGAGAAUGGUUACAAGCCAUCAAGAUGGAAAGAUAUAAGGAUAACUUUUCAGCUGCAGGUUACAAUAAUCUUGAAACAGUAGCCAGAAUGACUAUUGAUGAUAUCAUGAGCUUAGGAAUCUCGUUGGUUGGCCAUCAAAAGAAAAUCAUGAGCAGCAUUCAGACUAUGAGAGCACAAAUGUUACAUUUGCACGGCACAGGCAUCCAAGUGUGAUAGAUGUUUCUCCCUUACGAGGGAGGUGACAGACUGAGAGAACAGUGCUGGCCUUCAGUCUACAUGAAGUGCUGCUAGAAGACACACGAUUUCCUGGGCCCUUCGUGCAGACCACAGAAGGCCCUCAAGAAGCACCUACAGACUUGAACUCCUAAGUGCCACCAGAAAGUUACUUAAAAAAGGGAAACCAGAUCCACCGAUGGCGGCAACGAAAGCAGUGACAAUAAACAAAGUACUACCUGAAACACCUACAAACACCUUGAACUCUCUAACCUCCUUUUUAUCUAAUGGACUUUUUAAAGUGUACAUAAAGGAUUUUAAAAUAAAGAAAGAAUAUAUUUGUCAGAUAAAAAAAAUCAUGAUAUUGUUAAAGUCAACAAAAUAUUUUCCUUAAAUCCUUUGAUUUCAGACUCUUUUUUUAAAAAAUCAAUUGUGUUUCUUCUUCAUAUAGACCUUCUUUUAGUGUGACCUUUAUAUCUUUGGACCUUCUUAGUGCUAAGCAUAUGACACAUUAUUACACUGGGGACCUUUGAAAGAAUGUAUGAGUUUCCAGAGACACAAGAAGCAUAGCUAAGAAAGACGUGUCUGGGCUGGCCACUGGGAGAGAUGAGGCA